ACGUUAUUUAUUGUAUUUUUCAUUUAUUGUAUUUUAUCAAAUACUUCAUUUAUUGUACCUAUCUCUUUUGGAGUAAUCUUACAUUUAUUGUAUUUUCAAAUGCUUCAUGUACUUAUAUCAUCUCAUAUACCUACAUAUACUUGAUGGAAGUACAAUACUAAUAACAACUCUUCACCUAUUAUCUGUUUACUUGACAUGGUAUUAGAGUCACAGAUAGGGAUGAAUUUCUUUUUCCCAAACUUGCAUAAAUCAAUCUGCCUGAACCUGACCUGUAGCAGUUUUUUUUUUAACAAACAGCAAGUUCAAGUUGAAUCAGGUUCGUGUUGGCAGAAAAAUUAUACCAGAGCAGGAAUGUUCGGGUUUGGUUUAUUAAAAUCUGGCGAAGCCCGACUCAUUAUGCAUAUUUCAUUUUUAUGAAGACAAACAUAAAUAUAUUAAUAUAACUUUUUUAUUAAUAUAAACAUAUAAAGAAUAUAUAAAUGUAACCAUAUGUAAAGAGUAUAAAAUUUUUAUUAAUGAGCAGGUCAUAUGCAAGUCAAAUAACCUGCAAACUCGACACAAUUUAAAAAAUAAAAGUACGCUUUGUUGCCAUUUGUAGCCAUAGAUCGCCAACUUUUUUCUUCUUCAACAUCCAUAACUUCUCUUCCUUCUGUUCUGACUGAGAUCAAAAUUCUACUCCAUCUAUUCCAUCUCAUUCUCGCUCUUUUUCCACUAAAUUCACUACCACCAAUAAUUCUUACUGAUCCUCAAUUACUAGAGUUUGUAUGUUUAUGUGGACGGCUUUUUGUAACAAAUACAGUAUGAUAAAAUAUCCAGUAACCAGAGAACUAAUAUGAUUUGGAUAUCAUUAAUUCAAAUAGAUUAAUCCAUUAUGAAUGGUAUUGAAAGUUCAUAGUCCUAGCAACAAAAGAUUCUUAUCUAUGGAAUGGUAUUCUCAAAACAAAACAUAUAUUACAUAUCGUUUGCUACAACGAAAUUAACCCAGACUCAGUCGGACCCUUGGAUCCCUUCCUUAAAAAUUCAUUUUAACCCCCCUCCAAUCACUUCUCAGCUCACAAAUGUCCAACAGUAAACCCUACUACCCACCAAUGGGAUUACUCCCAUGUCAUCUCCCUAGACCCUGUUCACAUAGUCUAAUCAAUAAUGUCAACUCCCAUCAACACUUCACACCCUUCCCAAACUUAAUGGGCUCUCGGCACACACAAGAAAAUAAAUAGUUGACCUUAUAACAGCCUACUAACUCCUACGUAAAACAUUCACAAACCUCAGACACAGAGCAAAUCAUAUAAACUGGAAGCUUCUAAUAGAAUUAAAUAUCCUACCUCGGCAUAAAUUCAUGUGGUAUAGAUAAUACUCCAAUAUGACUUCUACACCUAAUCCCCUUUUCUUAACCGUUGCAGGUUAUAUAGUGCUGGAGAGGAGUCCUACAUCACCUUUUUCUCCACUAUCAUCUAACCAAAUCCUUUGGUUAGUAUCACAGUGAGGGCUAAGACCAGGUCUCAUACGCCAUGCCACAAUCAAACAGUGGCAACAUUAUAUGUUACUCCAACAAAAAGUAGAUGUUUUUCUAUAUGCUUCGAUUAUGGUCGAUCUACUCUAUUUCUGGGCCAAUCAAAGAAUACGUACAAAUAAAAUCAUCAAGCCAAAAGAAAUGAUCGCUAUACUACAAGGACAAUACAAACAUGUAAACUGCAUUUUGGAGCAACAAAAAAUCUUCAUUAUGGCUCUCAAAUUGAAGCCUAGGUAAAUCAAAGACUAAAGUGAGUAUUACCUGUGCAAAUCUCGAUCGAGUGUCUUCCCCUCAACCACGUAAAACCCUCUGGAAUCAACAAUGCAGGCACUCGGUUCCACGGCUCACCAAUUGGAAACCCUAAAUAAUCAAAGACUAAAGUGAGUAUUACCUGUGCAAAUCUCGAUCGAGUGUCUUCCCCUCAACCACGUAAAACCCUCUGGAAUCAACAAUGCAGGCACUCGGUUCCACGGCUCACCAAUUGGAAACCCUAAAUAAUCAAAGACUAAAGUGAGUAUUACCUGUGCAAAUCUCGAUCGAGUGUCUUCCCCUCAACCACGUAAAACCCUCUGGAAUCAACAAUGCAGGCACUCGGUUCCACGGCUCACCAAUUGGAAACCCUAAAUUGCUCGAAGGUUACCAUAUUUUGGGAAAUGUAGUUGCUCACUCCAUGGAUUCACUCUCACGCUUAUGUUCGAACAUUGUUAGAACAAAUUCAGGAGGCUGUGGCCCAUUAUAUAAGAUCAAAAUGUGAAUAAUCUGGCCCAUUUAGUUUUGUGUUGGACAAAAGAAGAACAGUUUAUGGGCCAUAAAAUAUAUAUAAUGGAUAAAAUUGUAUUAAUACUUUGGAAAGUAAAAUAAGAAUUUGCAGGAAACAGUGGAGGGAGAGAAAGAGAUGGGUGGAAGGAGAGAGGGGGGGAUAUGGCCGUUGGGCAUUGGAUUCUUUUUGUCAACGUCCGCGUUAAGCUUUUUCUUUACCAACUGAAUGCGGUGCGAAAUACCUUUUCUGCCCCUGCGCUUUCUUGUUACCCACUCUUAAUACUAUCCCCCCAACUACCUGGGUCCCACUUCUAUUUCAUCUUAACUUAAAUGAUGAUGGUAAUUGGAUUCUAACCUUAGUUACAUCUGUUUAAUUGGACCUUUAUCCUUCUUGUCAAACUCAGAUUAAGACUUAAUCUCCAGUUUCAACCGAAUGGAAAAUGCCAGACUGACUGACAUUUCAAUAUCACCCCACCCAGUCAGGUCAGGUUACCGUUUUUUUAAAACCCCGUCGGUUUAACGUCAUUUUCCUCCUCCAUCCACUCUCCAUUCCCAUCUCUGAAAACCUAACCCUUCCCAUUUUCUUUUCAAAUUCUUCACUUCUCUUCAAAUCCUACUCUACAAUUUUGACGAAAAACUCCUAUCAUUUCCAUCUCCAAGCUAACCUUGUCCGCUUUAAUCUCUCAAAUCUGUUCCUACACCACACUCUUUUAACACCCCCAAUGUCUGUGGCUGCCAGCCCCCAGUCAUCACCUAAACAGGUCACGCAACCACGAGCGGUACUCGCUUCCACUGGGAACCGAGUUAGGCUUUUGGACUUGGAAUGGAAGACCCAAGCUCUUAAGAAACCGCAGAGACAGAGAAAGCCGGUGACGAAGGUGCCAGAAUCAGCCGUGCGAAACAAUUUUUCAGUUGACAGCUCUGCCUCCUCUGAUUCCUCUUCGUCUUCCAGCAGCUCCUCCGCGAAAAAGACGGUCGCUAAAAGAACGGUGGCCAAGCGUAGUGGACUGAAGACCAUGGAUGUAGUUCCUCGCGGCGUUGGCGUCGCGGACGUCUCAAUGAAGGUGUCGGGACCCGUGAAGAGGUGUGACUGGAUCACGCCAAACUCUGAUCCACUUUAUAUUUCUUUCCAUGACGAAGAAUGGGGAGUUCCGGUACGGGAUGACGAUACAAGAUUGUUCGAACUACUUGUGUUUUCGCAAGCAUUAGCAGAGCUAAGCUGGCCUACAAUCCUCAGCAAGAGGGAAACUUUGAGGGAGCUUUUUCACAAUUUUGAUUUGUGUUCCAUCGCACAAUUUUCCGAGAAGCAGCUGCUUUCUAUGAAAGUAAACGGGAGCCUGGUUCUGUCCGAAUCAAAGCUUCGUGCAAUUGUGGAGAACGCAAAACUGGCGUUCAAGGUUCAACAAGAGUUUGGCUCGUUGAGCAACUACUUCUGGAGGUUUGUAAAGCAGAAGCCAAUAAGAAAUGGAUUCCGAUACGGACGUGAAGUACCAGUUAAGUCACCAAAGGCAGAACAGAUAAGCAAGGAUAUGAUGCAGAGAGGUUUCCGUUGUGUUGGACCUACUGUGGUUUACUCCUUCAUGCAAGUCGCAGGAAUUGUAAAUGAUCAUCUCUUGACCUGCUUCAGAUACCACCACCACACCACGUCAAUAACUAAAAAUCAUGGUGUUAUCUGACAUGACCAUACUUGUAACAACAACUUACUUGAGCAAGGAUAUGCUGCAGAGAGGUUUCCGUUGUGUUGGACCUACUGUGGUUUACUCUCCUUCAUGCAUGCAAGUCGCAGGAAUUGUAAAUGAUAAAACUCUCAUGGCAUCCUCUACUAAUAAAGACUCCAUGAUUAUGUUGA